GACGUAUGCAAAGUUCGACUAACUUCGCCCAUAUGUAAUUUUUCAAUGGGACCCCGCCAUUGUUGAUUUCGAGACUGUGACAGAGGGAAAAAGUAUCAAUCAUCCCUGAAAAAGUGUGUACGGGUUUGACAACUGAACACGAAAUUUUCGCGUGUAUUCAGUCCGCACUGAAUGCAGUCCUCAUUGAAUCGGGCGUGAAGAACAUAAUAAUCGAGUGCCGUGGAUAAAUGCAAACGCAAAGGCAGGAAUUAAUGUCCGUAAACGAUACGAGAAGUUCGAAUAAUGUGCGACGUGUGCGCUGAUUUUCUGCAUCUUCUUGUAACAUAUGAAGCAAAAGUAAACAGCAAUGAAAAUGGUCAUCCAGCCUUACUCAAGAGUGAGAUUGAAAUUGCCUUCGCUUACAUACAAUCGUGGCCGCAAAGGCAAUGUAUGUGUUGCUAUCGAGACACCAAAAACUUCGAACGCUUCAAUCUUAUUGUGCAGUCCAUGAUAUGUUUGACAGUGAAUUAUUUGAAGAAAAUCCGAAAAUUACUAGACGAUGCGAAAAAUACACCAUCGUCUAAUCAACAAUCAAACAAUGUAAACAAUAACAAUAAUCAGCAGGAGAAUGCUGGUAAAAUCGUGGGUUGCCCUCCUGAGAAAUCCUCGAAGUCAGAGGGAGGAGAAAGCAAGACAGUCGCCGCUGCGCAGGAUGAUGAAGUCGAGCAGGGGGAAAAAUGGACAUUGUCCGAAGUGGAGAAGCUUUUAAUUCUUGUCUCCAAAGCAUUUCUUCUUAAUUUUCCGUUAUAUUUGGCAUAUAAGCACGGCGUUCAUUCACGACUCGAUGAAAUUUCUCCCGAAGAAGCUCAAAGCUUGAGCAAUAUCUGCGAUCUCCACGAUAAUGAAAUUCCCGCUUUCUUGCUUCGCAAUGUAACCCUCUUUUGCAAUAGCGGCGGUUUUGCUGCCAUGACCGCCUGUUUCGAGCACGCAGAUCUGCCUGUCACAACUGCCCAUGCCAUAACAGCAACCACAUCCAAUAUAAAACUAUGGUUAAAUUACCGAUGCAUCAUUCAGUUGUUCAUACCACUAAGGGUUAGGGUACUGCAGUAUAUGUGUAAGUUAUCGGAUCAAGAUUUACGAUCGCCAGCAACGCGAUCAAUGGCUGAUUUUAUGUGGUCCGCUAUACGUGACCCUUUGGAGUCGUCGAAUAAUUUCGACGUUGAAGGUCUAGCGUUAGCAUUCAAAUAUUUUAACUCAACAACGCUGACAAUGAGGCUUGCAGGAUUGGCUCAGAUCAAUGCUCACAUUAAUUUAUACAACGAGAUAUGCACUACGGAAACCGUGGGUGAAGUAGAAGUAGUUGGACAGAAGCUGGCUGACUGGUUGUCAGAAAAUCAAAUAAUAUCGCAUUUAUUCGGACCGAAUCUCCAUGUGGAAGUUAUCAAGCAAUCACAUAUUGUCCUUAACUUUCUGGCAGUCGAAAAUAAAAUAACCGAGGAACAUAUUAAUUUGAUAUGGCAAUCAGCACAGCUGAAGCAUUGCUCGAAACCAAUCUACGAUAUUUUGCCAUCGUUAGUUAAGAACUUGGCUCCACGUCCAGCUAUGCAUUUAUAUUCUUUACUUUGCCACCUCGAUCCUAAAGAACAUACCGAACAGAGUAUUUACAUUGCAUCAGCUCUGACGAAACUGAUCUGGUCAAGGGACCGUAGUCGGCCUCAAGUUGAGAUGCCUGUGGAGAAUACAGUCCAACAGAUUGCAACAGCUACAAGUUCGGAGAACAGCGUUAGUAUCGAUGGAAGCAAUACUGAAGAGGAGCAGCCUGAUGAUGACAGUUCAACAAGCCAGAAAAGUGCUAUUGAUAUAGAAAAUGGAUCAGAUUGCGGUGCGCCACCUUGUAAGCAAGCAAGGAAUAAAGAAUGUGAUAUAGAAGAAGAAAGCAAAAAUAAAGUUCAUAUAAGUGAAGAAGUCGAAUGUGUUAAACUUAAGGAAAAGGCAAUUUGCAGAUUGCCAAUGAAAAAUCGGCGCGUUUCAAAUGUCGAAGCAGGUACAAGUAGCGAGGAGGAAGCCAUACAAUCGGAUGGUGCUCGGAAGAAGAUGCGGAAACGACGCAAAAACAACAAUCUGCCUUUAACUAGGCUAGCACAUGAACUGGUGGAAGCAAUUUGGGGCGUAGAAUCGCCAAGCGAAGGUGACGUUGGAAUGAAUGAUAGUGAUUGUAGUGACACUCAAAUGCAGCCAUCCGUCUUGCAACCUUUUAUAAGUGCAUUCACGGAUAGUCAUGUUAGUGAUUUAUUGAGUGGAGGUGAGAAUGACGGCAGCUAUUCAUCGCCCAUGAGCAACAAAUCGGAAAAAAAUAUGGCUGACUUUGAUGAUGACGAAUCAGCAUGUGAAGAAGAAUUGGCUCAAUUUGCCAGUCGUCCAAAUUGUUUGACGCACUUUACCAUACCAAGAACACGGCCCGUUCCGGCUACACGUGAUUCUAAUGUUCAGCACGAGAGCGAGUCUGGAAAAUCGGGGAGGAAUAAGGUCAUAGAAAUAGUGAAUGUGAAAGAUGAAACGCAUUCGUCUUUUAAAAUGUCUGAUGUAUGUUUACCCGGAAAUACAUUGCUUUGGGAUCUCUUGCAGGAUGAUAAGAUCGGUCAACUAGGCGAAUCGCUUGCAUUGGAAGCUGAAAAAGCACUCGGCACACUUCUAUGCUAUAGUACAGAUCGGUUAUUGCGAACGAAAUUCAUUGAAGGUUGUUUACAGAAUUUAGCAUCUCAUAAAAGUGUUAUAGUUAGCCUUCGAUUACUGCCAAAAUUAUUCGCUUCGUUUCAACAAUUCGGCACGAAUGAUACACAUGAAAUAACAAUGUGGGCUGAACGACAGCAUCGAAUGAUGCAUCAUUUUUUUAAUAACGUAAAGUAUUAUGCGAACUGUGUUCAGAGUCAAAACAAGGGGUUGAUUCUUAAUCAGAAUGGAAAUUUAAUGUAUUCUCAUAUAACGCAAGUUCAAGUGCGUUUGCAGUUUUUAACGUCUGUGUUUAGUACGUUGGGCUCCCCGAAAUGUUUUAGAUUAAGUUUGCAGCAAGUAGAUGACUUAUGGGAUUGGCUGGCCAACGAUCUGGAGUGUGCCGAUUGUCUUUUUGCGUGGCUGCAGGUCCAGGCGAAAGGUGUCGAUCAACAUGCUCUUGUUAUGGAAACUCUUCAACAUUUGUAUCUGAAUAAAUUGCCGAAGUUGAAGCCAGAAGGUAUAUCGAUGGUGGCUCUCGGACUUUUUCAGCAAUUGUGCAGUUUAGCACGAUUGGCAAUGUUCUACGAGAAGCAAGCGGAACCUGCUGCGAAUAUUGUUGGAAUGAAUCAUCUGUGGAAAAUUGCACUACGAGCACAUAACACAGAGGUGUCCUUAGCGGCGAUCCAAUAUAUAAACUCCUAUUACAUGGGGCAGCAAUUAAAGCUAGAAAAAGAGUUUGUCGCCCAAUGUAUGGAUCAUUUAAUACAGGCCGCCGAAGACCUUAAUAAUCCUGAAUGCCAGGAAAAUGCUUUGAUGUGCGUCCAACGUGCUCUGAUGCUGCUAAACACUCAUUUGGAGACAUUUAGGAGAAGAUAUGCUUAUCAUUUACGUCGAUGGGCACUAGAAGGGAAGGGCAUAGGCUCGCAUAGCAAUUUACGAAAUGAAACCUUAGGCCCGCCUAUUCGAAUCAUAUUGCAACCAGCAGGCUUGUCGGAAAAAUCAAUUUUACAUUUACACGCAAAUGAUCUUGUUGCAGAUUUGAAGGCAGAAAUCGCUAAAUGCAUUGACAGGUGGGAAAAUCUUCAAGGUGGAGCGAAACAGUCGGGUAUAGCCGCUCCUGUUUUGGGUUUGUUGCUAAGUGAAGGACCGCUAAGAAUUAUAACGCAAGGACAGGAAUUAACAUCAGAUUAUGACGAGAGGAGCCUUGGUGAUGUGGGGUUCAAAGAUAAUCAGAUUGUGUAUCUAUCAUUAAGUGGUCGUGGAACUAGACGCAAAGACGCACAAGAUCAUCCGUCGCUUCAACCACCACCACCAAAAGAAUGCUUACCUACCGUCCUACUCCUUCAACCAAAAUACUUCGAAGAACUUUUUCGCCUUAUGCAAACUCUUGGUGAUAUGAAAAUGCAGGGUAAAUUAGGUAACCUUCAACCUCACACAAAAGCGCAGCUACUGUCACGACGAGUUUGGGACAUCCUGGCCAUGUUACCGACGAAUCCCAAUCUCCUCGAAUCUUUCAAAAUAUUAGGCAAAGAUUUACUUAUGGCUGGUGACAGUCUAAAUGAAAUGGAACAAAAAAUUUCUCGUGAUAAAAUCAAACAGAAAAUAACCGAGCUUUUAGAUCCGAAUAAUUUACAAAAGUUCAUGUAUUCGUUGCAUAUUGUGGAAAGUUUGGCCACAAGGACUAAACAAAUUGGCUGUUGUGGCCACGAUAUAGUUUGCAAACAAACUCACUUAAAAGCGUCAGGGCGGAUGACAGCAGGUGGAUUGUCAAAGUCGAAUGCAAUGCAUUCGAAAAAAUGUGCUUCAAAGAAAGCAACGGAUGAGUCGUCCUCUGAAGAGAAACUUAAUGAUGAUCAAAAAUCGUCGGGAAGUGGAAAAACAGGAAGCGAAAGAGACGAGUCAACAACCGGAACUACGGAAAGUGCAGAAGAGAAAGAGCAUCACAAAUCAUCUUCUGAGGACAGGAAAGAACUUGAUCUCGGUAAUAUCAAAUGGAGCGAGAUUUUCAUUAGUUGUGGUGGAAUGCGACAUCUUUUCGAGAUUUUUAUGUCAGGAUCGCUCCAGAAUAGUAACCAUCCAUCGGCCAAUUAUAGCGAAUGGCGCCAUGAUUGCUUAGCGAGUUUAUUACGCAUAACAUGCCUCCUUGGAUUUGAAGAGUCCAAACCGGACGAUACGUUACUUAUCAUACCCAAGCCCCAUCCAUUUAUGCUUGAAAUGAUGGACGUGGAAGCAACCCUACAACGAUUAGCCUCCAUCCUCAAUGAUGAAGCUCACCAUCACAGUAUUUUACAAAUACAGUAUCGAACGGGAUUCUGGGGUCGAGCUCAGGUUGUUCAAUUCGCAAUGAAUAUUUUAGUCAGUUUUGUACAUGCAUCGAAGGAAGCACGUAGUAUGUUAUGGUCAAAUCCGGAUGUUUCAAGUUGGUUACAGAAGUUAAUUCUUGAUGAUCCCGAACCUGCUGUUAGACGUGAGAUUUGCGCCGGUCUUUACAGAAUUUGUCUGGGAAAUGCUAAAACUUACCAUGAACUAAUGGCGCCAUUACUUCAAAAGUUGGUGUCAUUUUUACCAAUUGCUGAAAAAAUGACUUCGCAAAAUAAUCAACAUCAUUUAACAGCAGAUGAUGGGAAAGAACCUUAUGGACCAGCCUGCCGAGAUUAUUUUUGGCUGCUCGCUCGUCUGGUUGACACUUUAACUCCUGAGAUGGUAAAAGAAAGUCUUGAUGAGCCGCAAUCCGGUGCGAUUGACAUUGAGGGCUUAUGCAUUCGGCUAUCUCAAAGUAUUCUUGAACGAGAUUUCUACGAGACUCGCCAUGGGUGUCAGGACGACGGAUUGGUUGGUCUUAUAAACCUCAUGGCUAAUUUGGUAAAGUACGAUCCUCCGUUUAAGUACAGUGUCGAGGCAAUGGCUUUCAUACAUAGUCUAUUCGAUUGCCUUUUUGACUUGCCUACUCCUCAAAAUCGGCAGGCUCCAAAGUGUAAAUCGCAAACGUCUCGAGCCGCUGCAUAUGAUCUUUUAGUGGAGCUGUGUAGAAAUUGUGCUUGCAAUUAUGCUUUGUUGCACAGAAAGCUUUUGAAUCAACAUAGGCCUGGCCCACAUGCACCUUAUCCUUGGGAUUACUGGCCUCGCGAUGACGUUCGAUCGGAAUGCGGUUUUGUUGGCCUAACAAACCUUGGAGCCACAUGUUAUAUGGCAUCCUGCAUUCAGCACCUCUAUAUGAUGCCGCAAGCACGAGAAGCAGUUCUUAGCGUUCCACCGGAAGGAGCACAGAAACAUGGUACAACGUUGCAUGAGCUACAAAGGAUGUUUGCAUACUUGUUGGAAUCAGAAAGAAAAUCUUACAAUCCCCGUUCAUUUUGUCGAGUCUAUCAAAUGGAUCACCAACCACUAAAUACUGGAGAACAGAAAGACAUGGCUGAAUUCUUCAUCGAUCUUGUAUCGAAACUAGAAGAAAUGACUCCUGAUUUGAAGAAACUUGUGAAGAGGCUUUUUUGUGGAACACUAAGUAACAAUGUUGUGUCGCUUGACUGUGGGCACGUGAGCCGCACUGCAGAAGAAUUCUACACGGUCCGUUGUCAAGUAGCAGACAUGCGGAAUCUUCAAGAGUCGCUUGAUGAAGUUACUGUAAAAGACACGCUGGAAGGGGACAAUAUGUACACUUGCUCUCAAUGUGGUCGAAAAGUUCGCGCCGAAAAACGUGCUUGUUUUAAGAAAUUGCCACAGAUUUUAUGUUUUAACACGAUGCGCUAUACAUUCAAUAUGGUGACGAUGCUAAAGGAGAAAGUGAAUACUCAUUUUUCAUUUCCAAUGAGGCUUGAUAUGUCCAAUUACGUGGAGAAGACGUUGAUGCCACAUCAAUACUUAGAAGAAAAGCAAAAACGUGAAAGGAAAAAUAGCGUUAGGACAAAUAACAGUGAAUGUGAUGGAAACCAAAGCUCUAGUAAAAGUUCGAUUCAAACUUCUAGUAGUAGUUCAGAGAGUAAAAUGGACGUUGAUGAUAUUGGGGAAAAUGUUGGUGGAGAUCAGAGCCCGGUCGAAAGUGCUGACGAUAAUGAAGAGGAGGAUGAGUUCAGCGAGUACUAUGAGUAUGAUCUAGUUGGUGUCACGGUACAUACGGGCACUGCCGAUGGUGGACAUUAUUACAGUUUCAUUAAAGAGCGAAACGAACAGAAUUCGCAACAAGAACGAUGGUUUUUAUUCAAUGACGCGGAAGUCAAACCGUUUGAUCCAUCGCAAAUAGGAGCGGAAUGUUUCGGAGGAGAAAUGACAAGCAAGACCUACGAUUCAGUCACUGAGAAAUACUUAGAUUUUAGCUUCGAAAAAACUAACUCUGCUUAUAUGUUGUUUUAUGAACGUCGUGUACAACGAAACGAUACCAAUGAAAACGCGGUGGCCGGCGGUUCAAAGCCAGCAUACCAAUCAAUAUGUAAUAAAGUCGAGUCAAGUCCAGCCCAAGAGGUUGGCAAAUUGCAACUAGAAGAUAGUUCCGUAGCAGCAGUUAGUACAGCUGAAUCGAAGGCUUCAACAAGUGCUUCGGCAAAUCAUGCGGUUGUCGUUCAAAAGUUACAACAACAAAUCAAUUCGUCAACAACAAUUCAAAAUGAGACUGAUUCUUCAUCAUCCUCCUCUCCUGUCAAUAGUAAUUUAGUUGGAUUUAAUAAUGCUAAUAAAAUUUGUGAUAUAGACGUUAAGAGUAAUAAUGCAAUGAAGACUACAUCUGCGUCGCCAUCAUCAUCGUCAUCAUGUUCAUCAGCUUCUAAUGUAAUCUCUCACACUUCACAACAACAACCUUCACCAUCUGUUGCUACUUCACCGCCAUCAUCGAAAGCACCGGGAACAGGGUCAACUUCUUCAGGUUCAUCUAUUGCUGAAUAUAAGACUUUGCUCAGUAAGGAAUUGGAAGAGUGGAUAUGGCAAGACAACCAGCAUUUUCUGCAGGAUAAAAACAUUUUCGAGCAUACCUAUUUCAAUUUUAUGUGGCAAAUCUGUGGUCAAAUACCACAGACACUACUCACUCAAUCCGAUGUCACAUGUAUGGUAGCCGAGCUGUCCGUUUCGUUCUUUAUUGAGACUUUCAUACAUGCUAAGGAAAAGCCGACUAUGGUCCUAUGGGUAGAAUUGUUAACAAAACAGUUCAAUGCAAGUCAAACCGCCUGUGAAUGGUUCUUAGGCCAUAUGUCCACAGAGCCCUGGUGGCCCGUACAAGUACUUAUACAAUGUCCCAAUCAGAUGGUACGACAGAUGUUCCAGCGUCUCGUAAUUCAUGUUAUCCAAAGGCUAAGGCCAACGCACUACUCACUUUAUCUACAAACAGAGAGCAGCGAAGACGGCAAGGAGGAAAUUGGGAAUUGCUCGUGUGUCACACGUUUUAUAAAAUCACUUAUUUUACUAUUGGAACAUGGUGCUAAAGCUCACUUACGUCAUUUAUCUGAAUUUUUCGGUCUUUUAUAUGAGUUUUCACGAAUGGGAGACGAAGAGACAUUGUUUUUAUUGAGGAUUAAUGUGAUACGAAGUGUUUCAGAUUUUUAUUUAGGAAACAAAAAUCAAGACUCGGUGGACGCCGGCUCAGAUAACGAAGACAAUUCAUCCGACGAAGCAUUGUCGGCUGAUAAAGCUCGGCCUGCCUCUUUGGAUAAAAUGAUUGCGCUGGUAGCAUCACUUGUAGAACGAUCUCGAGGGCCAGAUUUUCGCUUACAUCUUUCACCGAAAGAUUAUAGUGCCGUAGCUGGUGGCAAGGGUUUCCCAUUCUUGUAUCAACAAAUCAAAGACAAUAUAAAUCCACAUCAAACCCGUCAUCUGAUCUAUGCACUUUGCCGUUGGGAUGAACGUUUGGCUAAUCAAAUCAUAACAAUGUUGUUUGCAUCCGUUACUAAGCACACGGAAUUGUGUGGGCCAUUCUUUAAAUUACUGACGCUUUUGACGGAACCACAAGGUGGCCCAUCCGGUUUGCCAUGUUUUUCACAGUUAGUGUUACAAAGAGUUUGGGAUGCGGCCGAAUACUGCCCACAAUCUGCCUUGGACUGGCUUGCAGUACAAGCACCACGGAAUAAAAUUGCACACGCAUGGAUUCUACAAUCGGCUGAAAGCUGGGUAGAACAGUUUUUAAUGGCGCAUAAUAAUUCGAGAGUGCGAAAUGCUGCAUCUUAUCUUCUGGUAUCUUUGGUUCCAUCUCAAUCGUUUCGGGCAAACUAUCGGGCACAUUCGCUUCACAAAUUACCCUUUAACAUACCACACAGGGAAUUGAAUGGUGAUGCUCAAAUAAUACUUCACACCAUACUCAACCUUUUGCUACGGUUACUGCGAUCGGCUCGAGCCUACACAGACAUUGCCGUACAUGGCACAGCUAAACUAACGUCUUAUUUCACAUUACUAACCUACUGCAUGGUCUCAAAAACGGAGAAACUGAUGUUAGGACCAUACAUGCGUGUGCUGUGGGAACUUUUCCAUCCUCGUUUGUCGGAACCUAGCGUUCCAGCUCAUCACAACAAACAUGCUCUGCUCGCUUUCUGGUAUCAUGCAACCAAUGACUGUCCGGAAAAUGCUCAGUUGAUUGCAAAUUGUCCAGAUAUAACGCGCAAUAUCGCAUUCAACUAUAUUUUAGCUGAUCAUGAUGACUCCGACAUUGUUGCAUACAAUCGCGCUAUGUUACCAGCUUACUAUGGGUUACUGCGAAUAUGCUGCCAACAAAGCAGAACCCUCACUCGACAAUUGGCAGCACAUCAGAAUCUCCAAUGGGCUUUCAAGAAUAUUACUCCGCAUCCAACACAAUAUCCUUUAGCAGUUGAUGAACUGUUUCGUUUAAUGACACUUUUCGCAGCCCGACAUCCGGAUGCGUCAGAACAAGAACAACGAGAAGUAUCUAGUUUCCGACGAACUACACUGUCAGCGUAUUUAACAGGCUUAGAUGCGCGAGUGUCCUGGAGUACUUUGAUAGCAGCCUUACGAAUAUUGGUUGACAACGAUGAGGAUCGUUUGUUUGUAGUCUACAAUGGAGGCAUUGAAAUGUGUUUUGAUGCCUUACACACGCUACAUUCCAUGUAUCACGAAGCAACUGCCUGUCAUGUAUCAGGCGAUCUUCAAGAGCUUCUAACAGAACUUGUGCUACUAGUUGGAACGCUGCGUCUCAGUUCACGAAUUGAUCAGAAGAAACGCGCCCAAGCAACAUCAUCUACGGCUGGACCGAACGCUCCACCCAUUAAAGGCUUGAACGAAGCCGUGAAAAGACUGGCUACUCUACUAAACACCUACAAUCCACCGGAAAUGAGGAAUCUAACGCUAGACGUUUUAAAAGAAAUCGUACGAAAUCCAGAUUUGGAUGUUACAAAUAUUUUAGUCCCCUUAUUCACAAACUGUCAUUUAUCUGCUCAAAAUGCUCCCAAUUCGAUUGGUCCGUUGGGACCAUAUUUUCCACGUAGUGGUACAAAAGCACCGUGGCCGUCACUUUCUAAAAGUGCUCCCCGUCCACCUCGACCAAUGGUGCAAAUGGCCAUUCCACAAGGACAAAUCUUGCAAAAAGGAAUUGAUAAGGAAUACGAUAUGCAUUUGGAAGCACUCUAUAAACCCUAUCACGAUUUCUUAGAUAUAAUGAUGCGUAUGGCUGUAAAUACGAAUCAGUUGAAUGAGUCGUUAGUGAAGUUAAGCUGUCUGGCUGCCAUCGAAGCUGCACCUCUACAUUUUAAUUUAUUCCCGAAAUUUUGGGUGGGGAUUCACAAUACUGCUAGCACAAAUAAGUACACCGAGCUAUUAGUGAAUAAUCCAAAUUUAAUUGAGUAUGUUGACAUUCUUUUGAGGGAUGAACGAAUAUCUUUAAAUGACCCCGUUAUAAGGAGUUUUGUAGAAAUUUAUUAUCCAAAAAUUACUUCUGGACUAGCUAUAUCGCGACUGAUAUAUUCUAUUAGCUAUAAACUUCAAUCGAAAGAAGAUUCCGAUGAACUGUGUGGUGAUUUACAUGCGAUACGUGUUAUAGCUCAAGCGACAGGAGUACCAACAUCCGUCCGUACACAGUUGCGUGCUGCACUGAAAGCAGCACUUGCAAAGAAUCGAGAAGAAAUUAAAGAUAAGGAUGAAAUGCCACCGAAUAAACGAAUAAAAAUAACACCACCAGAGCAGCAGAAGCAGCAGCAAAUAGACAACCAAACCGCAACAGCAUCAACACAAGACACAUCACCUACCACCUCAGAAAAGUAUUCAAUAGCUUCAUCUCAUAUGUCCAACGAUUCAAUAGUAGGAACAAAAUCCAAGCCUCAUGACGAAAGCAAUGAUGCCGACGAUGAGAAUGAGGAUGAUGAAAUGGAUGUCGAUGGGAAAGCAGACGAGGCGAAGAAAUCGGCCGAAAAUAAACUGGCCGAAGAGCGAGAAAAGGAGAAAUGCUACCUGAAAACCAUCGAAAGCUACAUCGAAGCGAUUCUGGAUUUGAUACAAGAUGACGACAUGGAAGAAGACUCAAACGAUAAUUCAAAUCAAUUAAUUAAACCGACGUCGUCAAACACUCCACCUCCCGUUAAUGUUCCACCUCCACCUUCGUCGUCGGAUCAGCCACAAGUUAAUCAGCAGCAAUCUGCCUCGCCGGAGUCCACCUCUAAUACAGUCCCAAAUCCCGAUAAACCACAGCAAAACGACGCUUAGGAGGAAAGAAAAAAAAACAAAUAAUUUUAUUUUAAGAAAGCUUAAAAACUGAGGAAAAUUUAGAAGGAAAAAGCAAAGUAAAAUUAUAUCUUAAUAUAUUUUCUACUCAGCUACAAAAUAAUACCAAGAACAUAAUUAAAUUAAAAGUUGCGAAAGAAAAUUAUAAAACUAGAACUCAAGUUUUUUCGACGGCUACUAUUUAUGAAUAAUUACGAUGAAUGUGGGGAGCCCAUGAUACUUUGCAAUUGGGGUUUCGUUUCUUUCCCUUCCCUUUUCCCAACACUUUUUUUGUAUUUAAGUUUAAGUUAAAAAGAUGCGUUACGGAAAACAUGAAAGAAAUAUGUGGAUGAACAAAACAAACAACGCGAAUAUUAUUUGUAAUUUAUUUUGUAAAAGUACCUACGCUAGAAUAUCACAUUUUUUUCAUUAUCUUUAAACUUUUAGUUGUAACAGUUUUAGAUGAAGCUAGAAAGAGUGUAUUAAUUUGGAAAGCAAAGCUGGGAUGAUAUCAAAGUUUUGUGUCUAUACAUGUAUAAUUAAAAAGAUGAAAAGACUAUACAAUUAGAUUUAUUUCAAGUGGAAAAUUGAUUUUGUUUUCUUCUAUACGUUCUUCUCUUGAAUUUCUUUGUGUUUGUCUCUUUUAUGUGGAGGAGGUUUCCAUUUUGUAUUGGUUUUUCUUUUUUUACACAUGUUGUUAAACUAAUGGAUCUGAUUGCUUAUGUAAAUGGAACGAAUACAGUUUUUAAAUACGCAAAAAGCAAAAUUUCGUUUGCUGCCAUUAUAUAACUUUUAACAAGCUAAGAGUUGAAUGCAUGCGAAGGUUAUUCUUUCAAUUUUUCCGUGUAUAUAAAAUAUAAUUCUAUCAGAUUAUUAUCAUAUGUAGAAGUGAAUGGAAGUUUUUUAUGAGCAUUUUCUUCAAAACGGAUCUUGUUGUAAUAUUUAUCAACGUAUUAAAAAGGAUGUUUGUCUAAAUCCUAUGAAAAUCAA